UCAGUUGGUAUUAUUAUGAACUGGAAUGUGGCGCAUGAAUAAAGCUCGGAUCUACCUGCCGAGAAUGUCCGGUAGACUUCUCUCCACCGCCGCGUACAUUCCUUCCCUCUUGCUCUCGCCCACCCAAAAGCUCCAACAGAACUUCGCCGCGUCCUAGCGUCGCCCGCCGACGCCUCUUCUCUCCAGCCCCUGGGCCCUGGCGCGGCUCCGCCUCAUCGCCGCCAUCGCCAUUCCCGAUCUGCCCCCGUUGCGUCCUUGCUGUCUGUUUCCGGCCCGCCCGCGAUUUUGGUUUCGAGGUACGAGUUCUUCGUCAUCCAGCGAUUAGGGCAAACACAUCCCACUGCGCUCCACAAAUUUCAAGAUCCGCCCCCCAUAAUCAUAGGGGCUACGGCCGAGGCUGGCGGAAUCCGGCUGUGGGGAGUCAGCUGAGGUUGUGGGGGUUUGCAUGCGGCCAUGAGUUUGCCGGGGAGGAAGGCUUCGGCCGGGGCUAGCGGAAUCCGGCGGUGGCUCUCCACCGUCGUCGUGUCGGCGCUGGCGCUGGUUUUGAUUUUGGUGGUCAUAUCGCUGUCGGUGGGCUCGUCUCUGCAUGGGUCAUCCUUACAUGAAUACCUUACUAUCAGAGCCAAGGACCCGAAGGGGAAUGAUACUGCAAUUGGUGUUCCAUUACCAGGGGAAGAGUUGCAGGGUGGAAAGGAACCCUUGGUCGAGCACAGUGCUAAAAGUGGUACCCUGAAUUCAAGUGAGGCGUCGUUGAAUACAACAGAAGCUGAUGAAAUGGUGCCAGAUCCAGUUGCCGUUGAUAACAAAGUAGAUCCAGUUGAUGCUGAGAACGAAGUACAGGAUCCAGUUGCUACUGAUGAUACCAUGCCGAAACUCGACGAGGGAACCGUCCCUGACUUGUCAGAUUCAUCCAAUGAGUUUCAAAGGGCUGAUCAAGGUACCUGUGAUCUAUAUCGUGGGGAAUGGGUCUUUGAUUCUUCUGGGCCAUUGUACACAAACAAUUCUUGCCCCUUGAUCACACAGAUGCAAAAUUGCCAGGGAAAUGGGCGACCCGACAAGGACUAUGAGAGUUGGAGAUGGAAGCCUGAACAGUGCAUCCUCCCACGCCUUGAUGCAAAGAAGUUCUUGGAGUUGAUGAGAGGCAAGACAGUUGCCUUUGUUGGGGAUUCAGUAGCUCGAAAUCAGAUGGAGUCCCUCCUUUGCAUUCUGUGGCAGGUAGAAACCCCAGUAAACCGUGGCAGCCGCAAGAUGAGCAGGUGGGUCUUCAGGUCAACCUCAACAACUAUCUUGCGCAUCUGGUCUUCUUGGUUAGUACACAGAUCAAUUGAAGCUGUGGGGUUUGCUCCUAAGGGUCUUGAUAAGGUUUUCCUGGAUAUAGCAGACGAGACGUUCAUGGAAUCUGUCCCAACUUUUGAUGUGCUUGUCAUCUCCUCUGGACACUGGUUUGCCAAACGAUCGGCCUAUAUCCUAGAUGGCAAUGUUGUUGGAGGGCAGCUCUGGUGGCCUCGUCAAGCUGGAAAGAUGCAGAUCAACAACAUUGAUGCUUUUGGUGUCUCUGUUGAGACUUGCCUGACUGCUGUGGCGACUAACCCAAAUUUCACUGGUAUAGCUGUUCUGCGCACAUACUCACCAGAUCAUUAUGAAGGUGGGGCAUGGAACACUGGCGGUUCUUGCACUGGGAAAGUUAAGCCCUUGGAUCAGGUUGUGAGGAAUGGGUACACGGAUACUAUGUAUGGAAAACAAAUUGCAGGCUUCAGAAAGGCAGUGCAGAAUUCUGGGGUACAUAGUUCCAAGUUGAAAUUGAUGGACAUCACUGAACCCUUUGCCUUGAGAGCUGAUGGGCAUCCUGGUCCAUACAGAAGUCCUGACCCAAACAAGAAGACUCAAAGAGGCCCAGAUGGAAAGCCUCCACCUCAGGAUUGUCUGCAUUGGUGUAUGCCUGGACCUGUAGAUACAUGGAACGAGAUGCUGUUCGAGACUAUUAGAAGAGAAUUCGGGGGAGAUGGAAGCUGAAGAAAAAUGAUUGCUGGUUACUUGCCAUUAAGUCGUAUGUUCUGCAAUGCUGCUAAACAUCGGUGUACAUCAGAUAGUUUAUGAUGUUGUUGUUUUACCAGGGAUAGGGAGAAGUGGAGAACUAUAUCUUUGGAUGGGGAAAAAAACAUGUAGGCAUGUUUGACAGCAACUGGGGUAUAUAGGAGACAUUUUUUGCUGUGAUGGGGGAUUAGGUUUUUUAGUCUCAAACUCCCAAUCAAGAGGGAAUGAGAACUAUGAGCAAUUGAUCUGUUAUCUGGGAUCUGGAUACGUUCAUUGUGUUUUUACCCGACAUGUUUGGACAAACAAUUUUUCAUGCCAUUUUUUUGGAAAUGAAAACCUCAUGGUUUGAAACUGAUGUUAAGUGCUCUGGGAGUAUUUGGAAUAUACCUGGAUGGAACUGCUGUAACUGCUCUGCGCCAUAUACUGUAUUUUUCUUGCCACUGUGAUGUGAUUAUAUGCAGACAUUGAUUUUAGAAAGUA